GGCUCACAACAGUUUCGGCUUUGGUAGCGAACGUUUCGCAGACAAUGCACUGGAUUAGUUUUCUGUCACUGACACUGAAGGGGUCGCUCUAUUUGGGUACACUUUAUAUAUCGCUGACAUUCAUAGUGCCCGUGACCAAAUCUCUGGUGGAGAGCUACUUCGCCACAUCCGUGUCCUUCAACUUGGAUACCAUUUAUCUUAACUGGAAUACUUCGUUUCCGGCCAUUACCGUUUGCGAGCUGUACAACUCGGAAAAGAUUUGGGACACGAGCGACUCGCUCUUUGGCAUCGAGCACGACUUCCACAUCGAUGACUUUGUCGGCGAAAUCGCCUUCUUCAGAGGCAUCUGCACCAGCUGCGAGAUGUGCGAAAAGGUCCAAUGCCCAGACAACUUCACACAGCUGCUGGAUGUGUUUCGCAGCAAGUGCCAUGAGCUUAUUGUGGAGUGCCAGUACCUUAACAAUAUCUUCGACUGCUGCGAUCAGUUCCUGCCCAUACUCACGGAGUACGGCGUCUGUUACACCUUCAACUCGGUCCAGGCGCGCAAAGUAGCUCAGGUGCAGUUCAAAAACAAUCGCAUGACGGGAGCCGGCAACCUCAAGUUUCUGGCCACGGCGGACAUUCAGGUAAACGUGCAUGCACCCAUCGAUGUGCCAUACCUCUUCUCCGAGGGCAUGAUACGCGAGACAGUCCUGCUGGGCAACAACAAGGAGCUCAUCUUGAACGUCAUCGAGGUCUACAAUCACGAGAGCGUCGAGGAGCUGAACUAUGAGCAGCGUCGCUGUCGCUACAGUCAUGAGCACUCUGAGCAGCGCAUCGGGAUUUACGAGUUCUACAGCUUCUCCGGCUGCAUUGUGGAGUGCACUGUGACCCUGCAACUGCUCUACUGCAACUGCACCAGCCACUUUAUGGCUGUGCCCAGCAAGAACUCGCUGCCCAUGUGCGACUACCAGGGCUUGAUCUGUCUGACGGACAUCCACGACAGACUGGUCGCUGAGCGCAAGUCCUGUGACUGCAUGAGCUCCUGCGAGGAGCCAGAGUACAACAUUAUAUACAAUACAGCCGAUGACAAACAGGAUUCUGAGAAAGAUUUCUCGGAUAUUCAUGUGGCACUGGUGGAGCUGCCCACGCAGCGCUAUGUGAGGCGGGUUUCGAAAACAUUUCUGGACUUGUUGAUCUCUUUCGGUGGUCUAAUUAGUCUCUUCUUCAAUCUCUCAGCGCUGCGCGUCGUAGAGGCAAUAUUUAUGGGCCUGGAGUACCGCAGAGAAGUUUUAAAAUGGUCAAAUCGAAUAUUCGUUGGCACACUCAAAUAUUUAAAGAUUUUAAUCAAGUUAAAGUAAA